AUGGGCGGAACAUCGGAGAACAUUCAAGAAGCUCAGAGUGAAAAAUAUUCUCAAGCCUACAAGACCUUUCGCAAAUAUCCCGGCAAUUCAAGCAAAGGUGAUCAAGCCAAGUAUCACAAACGUAUUUACGGCAUCGAACAUCCAGGUGUAACAGGCGUCAUUUAUGCAACCGACCGCGCCAAACAGCUGGGCUUUACUGCCGACGACCCAGAGUGGGCAAACUUUGGUCAGGGAGCUCCAGAAGUCGGGUCUAUUGAGGGCUGCAUGGAAAAGCCAACUAAAAUCGACAUUCCGGUCGACGCCCGUGAAUAUGCUCCAACCGAUGGUGUCAAAAGUUUACGAUCAGCAGUAGCCAAUUUAUACAACGAAGUAUAUCGCAAAAACAAAUCUAUGAAGUACACCGAAGAAAACGUGUGUAUUGUUCCUGGUGGCCGUGCCGGGUUGACAAGAUUGGCUUCAACCAUUGGCGAUGUUAAUGUCGGUUACUUUUUACCCGAGUAUCCGCCCUAUGAAGAAAUGCUUACUUUGUUUAAACGAUUUGUUCCCAUCUCGGCCACCUUGGAUGAGGAUUGCGAUUAUCAUAUCGAUCCAGACAGAAUACGAAAAGAAGUGGCGGGAAGAGGUCUUGGAGUCAUACUGAGCUCUAAUCCACGCAAUCCAACAGGUCAAGUAACCGAAAAGGAACAACUAAAGGAGUUGGUAAAUAUUGCCAGAGAAAAGCAUACAACCCUGAUUCUGGACGAGUUUUACUCUGCAUACAUCUAUUCCCAUGAUCCUUCGGAAAAUGGUCGCACAAUCAGCGUUGCAGAAUACAUUGACGACGUGAACGAGGACCCUGUCAUUAUUCUUGAUGGUUUGACAAAGAAUUACAGACUUCCAGGAUGGCGCGUUUGCUGGAUCGUUGGGCCCAAAACCGUGAUAUCCUCUAUGGAGUCUUGUGGAUCCUUUUUGGAUGGUGGAACCAAUCAUCCUUUGCAAGUAGCGGCAAUCCCUUUCUUGGAACCAAGCGUUUAUAAAAAUGAAGCGAAAUAUUUGCAGGCACAUUUCCGAAGCAAACGCAAUUACACUCUGAAAAGAUUGGAAAACAUGGGCCUUCCCAUUAAAGUGCCACCUGUGGCAACUUUUUAUGUAUGGGUUGAUCUCAGCCAUCUCCCGGAACCAUUAAAUAUUGGCCUACAGUUCUUUGAAGAAUGUUUAAAGGAAAAAGUAAUUGUUGUUCCUGGUAUCUUCUUUGAUAUCAACCCGGCUCAGCGUCGCGAGUUGUUUGAAUCCCCAUGUCACCACUUUAUUCGAUUUAGUUUCGGUCCUCCUAUGGACGAAUUGAAACGAGGCUUGGAUAAUAUGGAGAAAGCAUGCCAUCAUAGUCAUCAAAAAGUUCUCCAAAUCGUGAUACGGUAUGAUAUGAGAUAA